UUGGAAUAUAAUGAACAAAGAAAAAAACAUUGUAUUGUCGGGCCAUUGUAUUUUACAAAGAAUAAAAUGCCGACUCAUAUAAAUUUACUAUAUUUGACACAGGGUAAAAUCGGUCAUUAUUGUUAUAUAAAAAAUAUGUCAAGGUUAAUAAGUAGUCAAAUUUCGAAAUCCAAGGAAGCUAUAUAUCUUUGCGACUUUUGUUUACAAUAUUUUUCAACAUCUGAACGUUUAAAUAACCAUCAAAAAAAUGAUUGCAGACAUAUUUGUACACAAAUACCAAACGCAGAUAAAAAUAAAAAAAAUUGGUGGGGUGAUAUUGUAUCUGAAAGUAAAUUAAGUUUUGAUAAAUUUCAACGUAAAUUGAUGUUACCUUUUGUUAUAUAUGCGGAUUUUGAGGCUUUUUUGAGCCCUUUAGCAUCAUGUUCAAACGAUCCUUCAAAAUCACAUACAAUAAAUGUACAAAAACAUAAUGUAUAUAGUUUUGGAUACUACAUUAAAUGCUCAUUCGAUGAUAAGUUGUCUAAAUAUGUAACAUAUACUGGUGAAAAUUGUGCUUUAAAAUUUAUGGAAUCACUUAAAGAUAAUUUGAAAACAAUUGUUAAAAAAAUUGGUUUUCAAAAAGUUGCAAGUAAAAUAUCACCAAUACAACAAGAUAUAAUUAGCAAAUCUAAUCAUUGUUAUAUUUGUGAUAAAAUUUUGGGUGGGGAUUCAAUGAUUUACCACGAUUGGUUUACUGGUGAAUUUGUUGGGGUCGUACAUAAACUUUGUUCAGAAAAAUUUAGAGUACCUUACACUAUACCAGUCUUCUUGCACAAUUUAAGUCAUUAUGAUGCACAUUUUAUCGUACACGCCUUAAACUUUGAUGAAGGUCAGGUAGAAGUACUCCCGCAAAAUAAAGAAAAAUACAUAUCAUUUUCAAAGGUACUUAAAAUAAAUAACAGUAAUGUAACUUUACGUUUUGUGGAUUCCCUAAAAUUUUUACCCAGUAGCUUAGAUACUUUAGCAAAAAAUUUAAACAAUAAUAAUUUUAAAGAAUUAUCAAAAUGCUUUCCCAAUUCAGAAGACUUUAAACGACUGACUAAAAAAGGUGUAUUUCCAUAUGAAUUUAUUAAAGAUUUUGAUACAUUAAACUACAAUCAACUUCCAGAACUUUCACACUUUUAUAGUACUCUCACAGAUUCCGUUAUUUCUAAUGAAGAUUAUAACCACGCCAAAGAUGUUUGGAAACAUUUCAACUGUAAAAAUAUGUUAGAUUAUUCAAAUCUUUAUUUAAAAACGGAUGUUUUAUUAUUAGCAGAUAUUUUUGAAAAUUUUAGGAGUGUUUGUAUUAAAACAUACGAUUUAGAUCCGGCUCAUUACUAUACAGCACCUGGAUUAAGUUGGGAUGCCAUGUUAAAACAUACUCAAACAGAAAUUGAAUUACUUACUGAUAUAGAUAUGAUUGCUUUUAUUAAAUCAGGAAUUCGUGGAGGUGUUUCGCAAUGUAGCACUCGCUAUGCAAAAGCCAAUAAUGUUUACAUGUCUGACUAUAAUGCGAAAGAUAAAGAGUCAUUCUUAAUGUAUUUCGAUGCCAAUAAUCUUUAUGGUUGGGCAAUGUCACAAUAUCUACCUACAGGUGGUUUUGAAUGGGUUAGUGCUGAUACAGAUUUUAAUGUAAGCUGUUCAUCAGAAAUAGGUUUUAUAUUAGAAGUAGAUCUGGAGUAUCCGGUGGAUUUACAUAAUGAACAUUCGGAUUUACCUCUUUGUCCAGAAAAUAUACCAGUUGGGGAUGCUAAGGAAAUUAGAUUGAUUCCAAACUUAAACAAUAAAUCCAAAUAUAUUAUUCAUUAUCGAAAUUUAAUUCAAUGUUUGAAAAUGGGUUUAAAAUUAUUAAAAGUUCAUAGAAUAUUAAAAUUUAAGCAGAGUCCAUGGUUAAAUAAAUAUAUAGACCUUAAUACACAAUUAAGAACCCAAGCUAAUUCUGAUUUUGAGAAAGAUUUCUAUAAACUCAUGAACAACGCUGUUUUUGGUAAGACUAUGGAAAAUAUUGAGAAACGUGUAAACGUUAAACUAUUAACCCACUGGGAAAAUAGGGGCAAAGUAUUAGGAGCUGGGGAUCUAAUUGCUCAACCAAAUUUUCACAGUGUCUCAAUAUUUUCUGAUAGUCUUGUUGCAAUUCAAUUAAAUAAAAUGAAGUUAAUAUAUAAGUAG